GUACUCGUUGUGUUCAUGAUACGGUGUCCUUACGUUAUAUGAACAUGGCCACUUGAAGAGCGACUCUCUACAUCGUGCUGUGCGUUGCUGGUUGUAUACACAAAGAUGUGGCAUGAGAAGAAUGCGGUAGUGUUGUCAGCGACAAUGUGGCUCGGGGCAGUCCUGGUCCUCAUAUCAUCCCAAGUGUGUGGCCAGACGAACUGUGACUGGGGGAAGUAUGGUGAAAACUGCGACAAAGCCUGUCCUGAACACUGUAUUUUCAACAAAGAUAGAAACCUCCAACACUGUCACAAGAUCACCGGGAAGUGUUCCGAGGGCUGCAUGCAUGGUUGGCAUGGCAACCAGUGCAAUCAUCCUUGUAGCAGCCACUGCCGUAACAACAUCUGCAACCAACAGAAUGGUUUCUGUGCCUUUGGCUGUGAUAGAAGCUACACGGGAGAUUUCUGCAACAUGACUAAAAGUACAGUACUGACGACACAUGCAACGUUCCCAACAACAGAGGCGUCCCCAUCGGAGCCAGCGACGGAUCUUCUUGCGAUCAUCAUACCUAUCAUUGUCAUCAUCAUACUCUGUCUGGUGGCUGUGGUGAUCUGCGUGGUGGACAGGAUGUACCUGUGCGAACCCGGGACCUUCCACUCACCGGGCGGACGCGCUAACCACUAGACCAUGGAGGCGGUUUGCAAGAAAGAAGAAAGGUAGCGACUGAUAACUGGUUUGAUCCAUAAACUCUUUCAGUACACACAAACGUGUUGGUUAUGGUGAAAAACAGUCACUCAUUAUAUCAACCACUGGAUUGUUUGAACAAGGUUCUGUUGCAGAGCAUCGC